UUCCAUUAGGACAGAAAGAACAGCAAUGGGAUUAGAGAAUCAGUGAGGAGGAUGAAUCCCCAACUCAUGCUCUUGAUCUUCUUGCACGUUGAACCAAACACGGUGUAGCUUUUUCUCUCCCUGCUGAAUUUGUAAGGAAAGGAAAAGGAAGAAGUCUUGCCGUUGUUGCUCUUUGUGUCAAGGAAUGUGAAACGAGUGACAUAUUGGAUUUGUUGGUAAGGUCUUUACUGAUUUAACUUUCACUAGGUGAGCAGGAUUGAUAAUUCUCAAAAUUUCCUGCCCUCUGAGGGGUCGUACAAUGGAACAACCUUCAAAAAACCCUCAUCACCUAAAAAAGCUGAAAAAACGGCGCUCCAGUUUGUUUGCCAGCGUGAAGCUGAACACCAGCUUAUCCAAGAGCAUUGAAGAACCAGACGCUACCUUCCCCUUUGCACAGGAGAGCUCUGUGAAAGCAUGGACGUCCAUGGACAACCUGGACAACCCUGCAACUCAGACAGUGGUCCUGAAGGAGAACGGGCCCGAGAAGAAAAGGGAGGAGAAAGAAAAACGUGUCGCCAGACAAUCCAACAUAGUCACCAUCAAUGUCGGUGGGAGAGUCUUUCACAUACCUAUCCAUCUGGUUCUCCGCUACCCCAAAACCAGGAUUGGCUCUCUGGCCCUCUGUACCGAUCCUGUGAAGAGGAUGACACUCUGCGAUGACUACUCCGUCCGCAAAAAUGAGUUCUUCUUUGACCGGGACCCCACUUUCUUCCACUACAUCUUCCACUUUUACUGCAGCAACGUCAUGUGGGUGAUGGAGAGUCUGUGUCCGCUCAAUUUCGAGGAGGAGAUGAACUUCUGGGGUCUCCGCAUGAGGGACACUCCGAGGUGUUGCCGCAUGCUGUUUGAGGAGAAGGUGGAUGAGAUCAAAGAUGGCCUGAAGGUCAACCAGGAGCUGAUCGACGAAAUCAAGCCGGCCCACAGGGAUGAGGAGGCCAUGUUCAAGACCAUGUUCCUGGGAGGGUUCCGCAAGGCCCUCUGGGACCUGAUGGAGAACCCCUACUCCUCUUUAGCGGCCAAGGGCUUCGCCGUGUUCUCCAGCCUCUUCGUCCUCAUCUCCAUCGUGGCCAUGACCCUCAACACGGUGAAGGAGCUGAGGAAGUACACUAUCUACGGCAAGACCUACAUGGAGUGUGUGGAGAUCGUCUCCAUCGUCUUCUUCACCUUUGAGUACUUCCUGCGGCUACUCACCACCUGCGACAUCAAACACUUUGUGAAAAGCGGCCUCAACUUUGUGGACCUGUUGGCCGUCAUGCCCUACUUCAUCCAGAUCAUCUUUGAGAUUUUCACAGAUGUUGAUGAUGCUGGUGCCCAGGAGGACCUGAAGACCAUGGCCAGGGUCAGCAAAGUCAGCAAGGUGCUCAAGGUGGUCAAACUCAUGCGCAUCUUUCGCAUCCUCAAGCUGGCAAAGCAUUCCACUGGAAUGCGGGCGUUUGGCUUCACCAUCCGGCAGUGCAGAGAGCAGGUGUGCUGCUUAUUCCUGUUCAUUAUCAUGGGCAUCUUCACCUUCUCGGCCCUCAUGCACUCUGUGGAGCUGGACCAGCCAGGCACCCCUUUCAGCAGCAUCCCUGAUGCCUGGUGGUGGGCCGCAGUGAGCAUCUCCACUGUGGGCUAUGGUGACGUGGUGCCCAUCUCCUAUCUGGGUCGCUGUGUGGCAUUUGGCUGCAUCUCCUUUGGCAUUAUCCUCAACGGCAUGCCCAUCUCAAUCCUCUUCAACAAGUUCUCAGACUACUACGCCAAGCUCAAGGCCCAGGAAUACACCCAGACUAUAGGCCCGGGUGUACGCACCUUCCAGCUCAAGAAACGUCUGCGGCGCAAGUUCGAUGGCUGCUUCGAACCACAGCCUUCAGACGACUCUGAUGACGAUUAUGACACCACAUACCAUCCAAACAGGAGUCAGAGCCAUGCGGGCGCCGAGUGAGACCCUAAUGCCAACGCCCCUUAAAUGCCUUUCUCGCCUUCAUGCUGGAGACUAACACCCCAUCUGCCUCUGACUAUAUUCUAAGCCGGGGUGUAGGAAAGUAAACAUUGGGCAAAGGGGGUGGUGGGGGUGGGGGAUUGAGGCUGAGCCAAGGGGAGAUAAACCGUAAGCUACAGCUUUAGACGUGGCACGCUAAGGGUGACUCCUCAGUCAAAUGGACAGGAAUUACCCCCCAUCGGGAUCGGUUUCUAAGAAUAGCACCUGAUGCAGUUAAGCUGAGUGGAACUAACUUUCUACCAGGCAUUCAUGCCUAUAACAGAGUAACGACCAACGUUUAUUAGACUAUAUUGCACAAACCACUUCAGAAGCUGAGGGAUGGUAGCCAGUAGGCCUUUGACUGCUCCGUGGGAUGAAGUGCUAAUAUAAUUUUUUUUUGGAGGGGGCCUCAGAUCUAUAACAUGUGCAGGAUGUAAAUGUUCAAAUCAAUACAUGCAAUUAGGCCCAAUUAGUUUAUUAUACCAUGAUAAAAGAUACUAUUGCAGUUGGAUGAUACUUCCAGUAGGCAAUUACUUCUCAGUUUUGGUCAGAAAAUGAACAUUCAACUAAUUAAUUGAAAAAAUUAUAUUAUAAAAACAGUUUUAAAACGGUAUCUUUAAUUCAUUAGUAGAACUGAAUCCAACUCUGACAUGGUACUCCGUUUCUACCCAAAUGUCCAUGUUAUGGGCAAUAGUCAGUUCAAGUUACACUAUAUCCUUAAAAUGUAUACAGUUAGACAGUACUAUAUAGUACUGUAUACAGGACUCAUUUGAAAUAGACCAUGCGAUGGGUGUCAAAGAAUAAAAGUUAUUUCAUCUGAACUGUUUUAUUUCUUGUUUUGUUGAAUGUCUCAUGUCCUAUUAACAAUAACAUUUUACCACAACCAGUAAGUCAGUGAAAUGGAAGGAUGAAGCCAAAUACAUUGAACUAAAGUCAACUGCAAAGCUUUCUGGGAAAUAAUAAUAAGUGUUUGAUAUAAAUAACAACAAACAAAAACAGUUCUGCUCUCCAUUGAUAAAAAAUAUUUGAUUGUAAUAAAAUCUAUUUUCAAGGUUGAAAUGUGUGGCUUGCGCUCAAAUAACUACAGAUCGAGUAUUGAAACAGAAAUCAAGACCACAAGCAACCAGGCAUUGCAGUAGUUUGAUACGACACAGAUAGGCUGACUGUCUAAUAGUAUUUAGGGAUAAGGCGACUGAAAGGAUAGCAGCAGUGGCUUUUGACAGUCGCCUGGCAGUGACCUCUAGUGUUAACCUGGGGCCAUGGCGCUGUAUUACGACAGUAACAGUAAGGAGUGAGAGGGGCCAGAGAGGAAACGGACCCAAGGCUAUCCACACACACAUUCAUGCUUUGAAAAGAGAUUGUGUGACGCUAUAUCAGUACAAAUAGUAUUCACUGACGCCACAAUGGGACUCCUUGGUAACGCUAUUCUCGCUAUGACGCACUUCGAAUUUUAUUGUCUGCAUAUUUUCUUGAAAUGCAAACAAAACAAGAUGUUACUGAAGCCCAAUAGCCCAAUGCUAAGUUCUGCGUAAUGUCUGUGGCAUGAAUCUGUGGUAUGAAUGCUCAUGGUGACUCCGUUUUGAACUUGCAUCCUGAUUUUGUUAGCUUUUCUGAGUCUAGUGCUAUUUGGUUGUUGGCACUUUGCUUUUACUGGUAUUUCCAGCAUGAUCCACUAGGUUUGCUGCAGAUAGAAAAUCAUACAGUAGGAAAGCUCUCUCCAAUCAAUCAUUGUCUGGUUGUGCGUGUCUGUUUGGUGGGGCUUGCCUAGCUCUGCAAAUCUUAAAAUCACACAAAGGGAAUACUAUCAGUAGUACUUUGUGCAAGCUGAUUCUCUCCAACGGACUCAGAAGUUGUAGCUGUUGGCGUAAGACAUCUGGGCAUCAUACGUAAGACAUCUGGGCAUCAUACGUAAGACAUCUGGGCAUCAUACGUAAGACAUCUGGGCAUCAUACGUAAGACAUCUG